AUGCCGCACGCCGGCAAUUCAACGUCAGCUGUAGCCGCGAAGAGAAGGCGGAGGCAGCAACCGGUCACCCUCGAAAGAUGGUGGCUGUGGUGGUUACUGCUACCAGGAUGUUUAGCAUCGUGGACGCGAUAUGUCGAGGAGUACGACUCUAUUAGAGUGGCCAGGUGUGAUGCUCGAUGCGGGGAGAAUUAUCCCGACGAGUGCGUGGAAAAUUGCCUGGCGUCGAAUUAUACGAAACCCGGUUAUUGCCCCGAGAGAACGUCAAUGACGCCCUUCGAAGCCGCCUGCUUGGUCGCCUGCGUCGAUGACUCCCGUUGUCCGGAUUUGGCCAAGUGUUGCUCCCACGAUUGCGGUAUCACGUGCAUGCAUCCUGUCGGUCUGGACAGUCGAAACGAUCUACCAGCUGUGCCGGAGAAUCUACAGAUACAACAACAGAAGAGAAACCUGGUGCUUCUGACGUGGCGUAACGGCAGGCCGGGAGUCAGCAAUGUAUCUGUCAACGAGAACGAUAAUGACGCGGUUCGGUAUCUAGUGGAGCAGCGUCAUCUUGUCGGUCCUAGAUAUUUGGAGUCCAGGCUAAGUUCCUGGAUCGUUUGUCACGUAUCGACGAAGCCGCACGCGACUCUUCGAGGUCGGUUAAAGACGGGACACUGGUAUCAAUUCCGUGUGGCAGCCGUCAAUGGAAAUGGAUCGCGUGGGUAUUCGCAACCCUCCAGACCCUUUAAAACAAAAGAGCCGCGAAAUCCGAAGGAACCACAAAACUUGACCUUAUCUAAUGCGCGUCUCGUCGGUGGGAAGCUGCGAAUUAACCUACAAUGGAUUAAACCGGCAUCGGAUGUGCCGAUAUCGUUCUACAAAGUCUUUUGGAGCAGACUCAUUCAUGGGCCAACGAACGAUUCCAUUCUCGUCUACCACAAGACGAUUCUUAAAGACAAGACAUGCUAUGAACUGAAGAAUCUGGAGCUCAAGUGUCAGUAUUUCCUGCAAGUGCAGGCGGUGGCGGUAUACGGUGGACGGCGUCUGACGUCGCGCAAGGCAUCCAAGGUCUUCAACAGCACAGAUUAUAUGGCAUACGCCGACGUCGGGAGACGUUCUCGCAGGUGCGAGCGAACCCAGGCCGGCCUCCACGUGCGUCGCAUGAACUGUCAGUGCGGAGAAGUCAAGGCGCGUUUAGUUUGGCCGACGAGCGGCGAUGUCGGCACAUAUAAUGUCACGUGGCAAGAGGAGUCGUGCUCACGCGAGAAAGGCUCGGAACGACGGAAAUUUGUUGCUUGGAAAACAGUUCAGACAUCGUAUUAUGAUCUACGACAACUUCGAAACGAUUGUAUGUACAGCGCAACUGUGCGAAACAUAUUGAAAAACGGCGAGAGCGACGAUCAUGGAACCAGUAUAGAAUUUUUCGCGACCGGAUGUCAGGGCGAUCAGAAGCGGCAAAAGUAUUCGUGGCGGAAGGCAGGACGAUGUAAGAAAUCAUCCAGAUCAAGAAGGCAGUUCUCCGGUCUAUUUGUGAUAUAAAUUUGCUGGCUGC